UGACACUUUUCUUUUCCGCCUCUUGUGGUGAUUGCCGAUUUUUGCGUGUGUUUCUGUAAUCUGUACUUGAUACGAAAUCUUUAAUUCGACGUUUGUGAAACUGAUCUUGAUAGAUUAUUAAUUAUCUCCAUUUCCUCUAAAAAGAUGGUUCACGCUAUUGCUGACGAGAAUGAUUUCAACAGUCAACUGGAAGCAGCUGGUGAUAAAUUAGUUGUUGUUGACUUUCAUGCUACAUGGUGUGGCCCUUGCAAAAUGAUUGCUCCAUUUUUUCAGGAGCUUGCAGAAGAAUUUAAAGAUGUUGUUUUCUUGAAAGUUGAUGUUGAUGAAGUCGAAGAUGUUGCUGGCCAAUACAAUGUAUCAAGCAUUCCAAAAUUUGUCUUCAUCAAGAAUAAAAAUCAGAUUGCUGAAAUGCUUGGUGCUGAUCAAGAAAAACUGAAGAAUUUAGUUGUGGAACACAAGUAAAUUACAUUCCCAGUGUUGCUCUUAAGGGAGAUGUUGUAUUUUAGAGCAGUGUUGAUUUAUCAGAGCUGAAAUAUUUUGAUCAAAGCUUGCUUUUAAAUUUUGCUCUUGCCAAUUUGUAUUUAAAAAAAAUAGUCACUGCCUUGUUAUUCCUAUAAUACUUAUUGUACAAUCAAUAAAUUUAGGCAUUGUGUUAUUGCAUUUAGGUUUUUCUUCACUGAACAUUCUAUUUCUUUAAGCAUUGCAAUACAGGCUAACAAUAUUUUUAAGUUAAAUAAGAUAUGCUUCAAAUAUAUUUUGGGAAAAUUAUAAUUUAGAUUUGUCUGCUUACAUGUUCAGUUUUAUUAGUUGCAUUCUAAGCUGAAUAAUAGUAGAAGCAAAAAAUUCUUUUUCAUUUGUUGCAUAGUUUGAUAUUAUACUUGCAAAAAAGAAUAUAAAAAAAAAAAACUGAAGUUUUCCUAGUUUAAAUGAAUCAGUAUUUCAUUUGGAUUGUCGAGAGUUCAUUUGUGCCUGAAAAAUGCAUCGAAUGUAGAAAAAUAUUAGAUUCUAGUAUUUGUUGAGAAUAAAUUUUGUUUAGGCUUUAUAAAUACCUAGAUUUUCUUAUAUUGCUAUUUUCUUUUUCUAUAGAAACAUCUGUUCUUAUGUUACCAAUAUAUGUUUUUAAUUAAAAAAAAAAAGUCUUAUUAAGGCAGUUUUUCAUCGAUAGAUUUCUCAGUUGCAUUAUUAGUCUCCAUUGUUUUGUGGUUAGACUCAAGUUGCGUAAGGUCAUUUAACCACAUCUACUUGUACAUUCAUAUUAAACUGAUUUGCCCCAGAUUAAGAUCCCUUGUUCAUUUUAUAUUGUCUACUUAUUGUAACAAUUGUCUUAAUCAUUUUUCUUUAAGAGUACUGGCACAUCUUUCUCAUUCAGGUUUCCAUUGUAAAGUUAAGAUUUUUAGUGAAUUCAUUCUUUUCCAUGUGUACAUUUAUAUACAUUGACUUAUAUUCAUGAAUUUGAUAUUUUUUGAAAUGUUUCUUAGAAAAUGUAUGCCAAAUUCGUUUAUAUUUUUUAUCUUUACUGCUUUACAAAAGAUUAUUGUAUAAUGAAUUGAUUUUAAGAGUUCUAUUUGUAUAUAAUAUGUAUCGGUUCUAAUGAUUUAAAUUUGCUCAGGAAUAUGUGAUAAGUUGAGGAGAUCUGUAAUUAGUGAAUGAAUUCUGACUGGGCAUUUUUUUAAAUCCUUACUUUAUAUUUGCCUUGUACAAAUUCCAUUAUAUUAAAUAAAUAUUAAUGACUUCAGUCUUAAAAUAAUACAUAAUUUAAAAGAAGUCGAUAUAUUUUGAAGUUAAAAAUAUUUCAUUUUUUAAAUUUCAUUUAGUAUUUUAAGUUGUUAAUCAACAUCAAUAAUUGUUACUGCUGUAAAAUCAUCUUAUUGUUACAUGUUUAUUAUAAAUCAAAAAGCUAUAUGGGUGUAUUUGAAGUAAUAUGACAUUCAAGCCUUUUAGCAUGUUGAAAAUCCGGUACAGACCUGCUUUGGGUGAAUAUUAAGUAUGAUGUAUUAAUCAAAAUUUUGAACAAGUCUGAUUAAUCAAAUCACUGCUGGCAUGAUUAAUAUCUUUAUUUGAAAAUUUUGCUUGUGCUAGCUUUCCGUCCAUUCCAUGCCGUCCGUGUGCAUAUAUUUUGCUAAUGCUCUACAACUGGCUGUUGAAAGAUACCUAUUAUGCACUUAGUGGGAUAUUAUUAAAAUAGGGCUAUUUGUGUGCUUUUUUGUUUAAAUUUACCAGUCUUUUGACUUUGCUUUUUUUAUACUAAAAAUUUUGAAUCUGAUUCUAUUAAAGCUUACAUAAGAUUUUGCUGUCUCUAUGCUCAAAAUCUCCUUUUGAACAUUUAUUUAGAAUAUAUUUUUGUAAUCUUUGGGGGCUUGUGUGUCACAUUACUUUGAAUGUAUUUCAAUUUAUAAGAAUUAUGACUAUCUUCUUAAAAAGUUGUGGUUUUUGCUUUUGUUCUACAUGUUAUUGUAAUCGAUGUAUUAUUAGUGCAGAAUUAUUCUUUUUUUAGAAUUUAAGAGGGGAAAAAAUGAGUUUCUUUUUCUAUAUAAUUCAUGUUUAUUGGACAGGGAAAAUACUUGACUUUCUUUGCAUUUCCUUAGUUUGAUACAUAGGCAUAUUAUAAAUUUUGUCUGAUGUAUACAUCAUUAAUAUUUUAUUUCUGAUCUCGAGUUUCAGAAUGUUGAGACUUUUGUUGAAAGACGGUUUCAACGUUAAAUCUUCUCUGCGUUUUCUUACUUAGUAAAUUAUAUAAGGGAUUGUUGUGAUUUUGGAAAAUUUCCUUGGUGCAGUUGGGGCUUUUCAGUUGCAAAACUUGUGGUAAUCAGAUGUUAAUUCUUCAUUCCUCAUGCAGAUUUUUCACAUUGUAUAUCUGCAACUGGUUACUAUAGAAUUUGAAGUGGAUUUUUUUAAAAAAUAAAGUACUGAAAUUAUAAAACUGAUGUUAUUUUCUUCUAGGUCAUUUAAUGUGUAUCUCAAGCUACUGAAUUUCAUUUCAAAAUCUUAAAUGCUUAUUUAUGAGUUAACUUCUGCACUUAUAAUACUUUGAAAUAAUCAGUACUGGAUUACUUGAUUUGCGUGUUUUUAUUUUAAUAACAUAUUUUUACAAUGAAUUCCUAAGCAAGCAAUAAAGUAUAUGAAAUUGCA